AUUUGCUAUUGAAGUAAAAUAGAAAGAAAAAAUGUUGACUUGUUGACAGAAAUUUAAUACCUUUGCUUACAAAACAAAACAAAAUAAAUAAAACAAAAAACUAAAGGGGGAAAAAAAGAGUGGACAAGAAUCAUACUUGCUUGAAAUAAUCUCAAACGGCCUUAUCCAAAAGUAGCCAAAACUGAGAAAGCAAUCAGAAGAAAAACAGAGGCAGAGAGAGAGAGACAGAGACAGAGAGGUUGGGAUUCUGUUUGGGGUGCCACCGCACGUUAGCUCUUCGAGAAGAAGAAUCUCAUCAAAAUAGCUCUUCUUUUUUCACCGUUUCAGACUUUUUGCCGCCAUUUCUGACACUAACUUUCUUCGACCGUUCGAUAAGAAAAUCUCCCAUUUCCAGUGCCCCCCCUUCAUGGACCCACCGCGACAACGAUUCCAAUGACCAAAACAACCAACUGUCUUCUUCUCCUUCCAUCCACUUCAACUUUCUUCACUGUUUUCCCCAAUUCCCUUUUCAGUCACCUCCAAUAACCCAUAUCACGAUUCUUCUUCCUCUUCUCCUUUUUCUUCUUUUCGAUUCGAUUUCCCCACGAUUCCCCUUCUGAUUCAGUCAAUUCCUGGGAUUUUUCCAGUUGGAGUUUUGAGAUUUGAGAGAUUUGGAGAUGACGGGUUCUGGUAUGAACUUGAUUACCACUGUUAUUGGGUUUGGAAUGAGUGCUACAUUCAUAGUGUUCGUCUGUACAAGAAUCAUCUGUGGUCGACUUCGUUCGGCUCAAUCCAGUACCCCCAGUUAUGAGAUUGAAUCCAGGGUCGAUCUUGAGCAGCAGCCAGAGUCCCGGGCGAGUGGUCUCGAACCGGUUUUCAUAGCUGCUAUACCGACGACGAAGUUCGACCGAGAGGCUUUUAGUUCUGUAGAAGAUGCUCAGUGCUCAAUCUGUUUGGGUGAGUACGAAGAGAAGGAAGUACUGAGAAUAAUGCCCAAAUGUGGUCACAGUUUUCAUCUCACCUGCAUUGAUGUAUGGCUGAGAAAGCAAUCUACAUGCCCAGUCUGCAGGCUGCCAUUGCAAGACUCCUUUAGAACAAAACCUGCAAGACCAAUGACAGUGAGCAGAGAUCAGUCUUUUGAUGGUUCUGAGAUUUCAACUGAUCAUCACUCUCAACACUGGCUUCUACCUGGCCCCAACCGUUCGGAGGGCAACACAAGCAACCAAUCACACCUUCAACCCAUUCCAGUAAACCCCUCAGUUCAAAGAGAGAUGGAAACAGUACAAUGAUAUUAUAAAUUAGCUUCACUGCUGGAUAGGUAGGAGCACGAUUACACAAUUGGAUAUCCCAUACUUCUGUACAAAUCAUUAUUUCUAUAUUCUUUUGCAUUGGGUAGUUUAGAUUUCGGCUUCCUCAACCAAUGCAAUGAAUUCUCAUAACGUUGUGGAUAUCUCCUUAAAUUUCUGCCUCAUUCAACAUAUAUCAAAUGGAAGUUUGGCAGAAACUUGCAGCAAUGUAGAUUUUUCCUGGUGCUUAAACCAGGAUAUUGAAUCAAGUUGAUGCAGAAACUUCCACA